AAGACCAUUGAGGCCGAAAGAACACUCGCUGUGAUCGGCACAUUUGACAAGAUAAUUAAAAUUACUGAAAGCUGAUUGUUGGUUAAUUAGGCCCUAAAUGUUUGGGCAGGUGAUUUUAGAACAUUGAUGGGCCAUGUAGCCGGCUAGCAAGGUAGGCCUCAGUACAGAAAACAUUCUUGUGGUGGGAAAAUGGACAGAUGAUCUAUGGUUAGUCAUCUCCUCAGAAUGUAGGUGUGUGCAGUUUUAUUGAAAUCUCGGUCAUCAUCCUCAAUGACGUUGCUUUUGUCCUGACAUCGCUCGUCUUACUAUUUCUUUACUCAUUGUUUGAUCCCCGCCACUAAGUGUGUCGACCCAACAGUUAUUCAAAUUAUUAUAGGGGAAAAUGGAUGAGCAUACGAUAGAAUGGAUUCUAACAGACUUUGAAACUGACCCAGUGUCAGGUAUACAAUUGUCAGCGUUAGUGUUUAUGAUAUAUUAUGGGUUUGAACUGCAUAACUUUCUAUUGGACAUUUCUGAUGCAACCGUUUUAAAGUACCCGUUAAUGUUGUAUGACGUUGGUCGAUCAAGUUCUUAUUUAGCUGGCAGUUGUGGUCACGGCUUUUUCUUGAAUUCUCACAUCAUAACUGACUUAAGAGAUUUCGACAUAGUAACGAUUUUAAAUAACUACGAGAUUCGUAAGAAAUGUCAUUAUGAUGAUGAAGAUAUAACUGAGAAAUUAGCUGACAUUAUAGAACACCAACAUGCUCCUGAAAAUGAACGCGACAGAGAUUACUGUCCCAGUGAUAAUAUGCUUAAUACUACAUGUGAUUCCGACACCUCAUACCUUAACGUAGAGGCGUCCAGUUUUCCAGGUUAUGUCUUGCUGAGAAGGUGUAGACGUCAUGACAUGUCUCAAUUGCCAAUGAGUGAACGUUAUGUCAGUAGUUCUGCAGUGAUGAAAGGUAGGUUUGAUUACUGGUGGAACGCCAAAGAGUUCAUCUUGCAAUCCUACAAUCGAAGACGAACAUCAGAUUCAGAGUUCGAAUCAGAAUCAGCAUCUGAAUCAGCAUCAGCAACAUUGCCAAAUAGAUGGCCAUCUUCUGGACCUGUCCUGUCUUUUGUCGACUCAAACGGUCCGGCAAUAAAUGCUUAUUUAGGAAGUAGAAAUGCUCCAAUGACAACAUCCAUCAAUGCUGACAUAGUUAUAGCACUCCCAUUUCCCGAUUGGCCAGAACAAGCUAAGGACUGGAUAACACGGGCUAGACCAAGUGGUUGGCCAAGCCAGCUGUUAAUAAAGGACGUUUUAAAAGCCGGCUGUCAAAUUGUACCGACAGGACAUUACAAAAGUCCCACAGAAGAUUUUGAAUGGAGGAUUUCCUUUUCUUAUGGAGAAAUGUUUCUCUCUCGUUCUUUAUCACGUGUUCAAAGAGAACUUAUACACAUAUUUAAAGCUGUUGUACCUCAACCAUCUUAUCAUAUACUAAACAUUAUGUAUACAGAAAGCGAAUUGAUUUCAAAAGAAAAAUGGGUCAGUAAAAAUAUUGCUUCAUUAAUGUUUCAUAUUCUUGAUAUUUACAAAGAAUGUAUUAAAUCAAAAAUGUUACCGCAUUAUUUUAUACCUGACAGAAAUGUGUUGGAAAAAUUUCAAGGUGACUUUAUAGACCAUGGCCAUCGGUUGGUUCCAACAGACGAGCAUAUUGACUCUGUUUUGCUACCUUUGUACGAACUUAGAAGAAGUCCUUUGGAGAUGCUAUUGAAAAGAACAAAAUUUUUGAGUCUUCCUGAAACAUUGUAUAAUUUAGUGUUUCAGCCGUUUGUAAAAGCAUCAGAAACAGGACUACGUGAUAAAAUGGUAUAUGUUGACACUUUGGUGUUACUGUCCAAAGCUCACUUUUACCAAGGCGAUAUUGAAAGAGCUUAUCUACAUGUACAGGAUGCAAUGGUAUUUUAUAGUAAAUUAAAUAAUCGUGGUAAUUGGAAGAGCAUUAUAGAGCUGCAUAUGGCAAAUGCAGUCUUUAGUCAUUACCAUGGUAAUUUGCAGUCAGCGCUUCGCAGUCUGAAAAAACUUGAAACGUUGAUUGCACUAGAUGACGACUCGUUCAAUGAAUAUUUUGACCAUUAUCGCGUUAAGUAUUUCAUGUUAUAUGGUAGGAUAACGACUUAUAUGUCAGUUAUUGAUGGUACUGAAAAUCUUCAGAAAGCUGCAAGAUUGUAUUCGCAAACUGUUCAUUUGGAAAAAGGCAAUAUUGGCAUACUUUUAGAUAGAAUAAACUUUUUGUUAUAUAUUGAAAAGGUAGAUGAAGCAGAAAGACUAAUAAAUGAAAUAACAUCGCGCUUUUUUCCAACAGUUGAAAAAGACGAGAAGAACUCAGAAGAAUAUAUUGAAGCGAUGAAUUCUGAAAAUGACCACACAGAAACACAUUUAUCCGCCGAGGGAGAUGUGCAGGUGAAAAAACUAGACUUGGAAAACAUAGAAAUACAAAAUACUUUUCCGGAAGAUAGCCAGCUGCAGACUUCUGAUAUGGAAAUAUUGUUUCCUGAAAACAAAAACCAUGAGCAAAGUUUUCCUGUUAUGCCUACAUCAGAUAUCGAGGAAGCCAAAGUUUGUAAUGAACUUUAUAACACCGAAAGUUUUGAAGAUGAGACAAAUUUGGGGGCGCAGUUUACAACUAUACAAGCCACAGAAUUUGAGGACGACUUUGAAUUCGAACAAGAAGAUUUUGUCGAAAUUCCAGAUGAUCUUCGUCUAAUUGACUACUAUUUUGUGGAAAGAAUUAUGCUUGCCCAGAGUUAUGACAAAAUUGGUAUGAAACAAAAAUCUAACCAAAUUUUGGAAAAAGUUAAAGCUGAAAUAACAAAAUCACAUUCAAAUGGUGAAUCUAUUUUUCAAACUCUUGUUAAAUUCAUAGUUGAAAAUGACUAUGGUAAUGCUUACCGCAGCAAAAAAUUAGUUCGUAAAAACUGGAGUGAUCCGUUUAGGGAUUACAAGGGUUAUUUGGUCUAUAGUAUUGAAGAUUCUCUUAUUCUAGACAAUGAAUUGCGUUCUGUUAUCAAACAGAAAGGUGACGUCGUAAAGAUUCCGCACCUUGUCGCUCUCUUGCACUUUAAGAUACAAAUUUACAAAUUAAAGGGAAACACUGGUAGAGUAAACAAAAUUAUAAAGAUUCUAGAAGAUACCGAAAACAUGAGAAAUGAGAGUAAGUGGUUACUUGGACAUCACCUGUUCCAGUUAAAGAAGGAUGAUCAAGCUAAGGCUGUUUUCAGUGAGGCGUCUACAGGAGAAAAAGAACCCAGUAUUAAAGAAGAAAUAUUAUCCAGGAUAGAUCAGGUUAUGGAUAUUAUAAAAUCCUACGAAAUACGAAGUAUUGCGUUGGAUGACGUUGUUUUCAGUGAACAGUAGUUAAAUUUGUGUACUGUAAUUGAAAUUAUUUUUAAUGAAAUGAUAUUAAAACAUAGGGUUUUUACAAUGGAUUAUAAAAAUUACCUCGUCUAUCUUCAACAGAGAAAUUAGAAAUUGCAAUUGCGAUUUUGCGUCAAGGCUAAUGCAAUUAACAAAAACCAUCAAUACGAUCUCCAACCAAAUUUCCCAGAGAUGACUCUUCGGAUGGAAAUGAUGGCAGAAAUAGCAUCUCGUCUAAAACAUAAAUCUAAAUGGAGGAAUUUUGCAGUAAACCAUCUUCAUAUC